AUGGCCAAAUCCCGUUCUUGGAAGGGCAAAGCCCCUAUCACAGAUUUGAACGUUCACGCCCAAGUCGCCAGUUACGGCAACUCGGAGACGCCUGCCGUGGCAAAGCCUCGUACCCGGAAGGGCAAAGGCCGGCGAGGAGAUACGUCAAAGCAGGCCACCGGGCCUAAGUCACAGGAGCCUACUACAGACUUGAACGCUCACACUCAUGUCGCUAGUCACGACAACGCGGAGACAUCUACCAUGGUAAAGCCUCAUACUGGGAAGGCCAAAAACCAGCGAUCAGAUACGCCAACGGAGCCCACCGGCUCCAAGCCACUGCAGCCUACCGCACACUUGAUCAAUCACACGCGAGUCACUGGUCACGGCAACUCGGAGAUGUCUGCCAUGACAAAGCCUCCUACCCGGAAGGCCAGAGGAAGCCGAUGGCAGACAACCGGCUCCAAAUCACAGCAGCGUACCCCGGACUCGAUCAAUCGUACAGAAGUCACUAAUCACAACAACCUAAAAACGCCUGCACAAUCUGGCUCCAGUGAGAUUGACGGAAACGCUGGUCAAGGGGAUUCUAUUCAGCCGGAGCACGCGGGUAAUAUAUGGAAGUCAAUUGCUGUCACGUGGGAUCAAGGCAAUAAUUGGCAGAAGACGACUGUCGACACACAGACUGGCACAUUUUACCCUCUCCCUGGGACCAUCGUCGACUUUUCCCGCCCAAAAUCAGACUUCCUCCCGGAAUGCCAGCUGCCCCGAAAGCAGCAACAUGCUACCUACAAAAGCCUCCUCGAUUUGACAAAAACGGCUUUUCGCCCCAACUUGCCCGACCCACGUUUGUUCUCCUACAAUCGAGAAUGGGUCUCUUUGGGAGACAGAAACCCCCGAGAUGUGUACGACAUGGUACACAGACGCGACGCUCUCCAGCAACUCCCCCGAAUCCACAGAGAAACAUCUGAAGCCGACGUAUUGCUUAUCCAAAAGCUUUACCACAGGAAGAGAAAGGACGCGGCAUUCAGCUUGAUGCAGGCUACCACACAAUGCGAGCCAAGAUUGUUGCUGGCGCCUGCUCCGGCUUAUGGUGUUCUUAAUACGUCCGAGCCCAUCAAGACUGACCAUGGGAACAACCCGAAGAACAUGGAGACCGGACUCAUCCGUUUGAUGAACAUCCCGGAACUCUUCAACAAAGUGGUGCACUACAUUGAACCCUUUAUUGCCGACCUGACAUCGUUGGCAAUGGCUUGCAAGGACACCGCCCGAUUGACCAGUAGUCAGUUCGCAGUUUGGGACUUCUCUUCGGGUAACUUCCAUACCGAGGAGACUUAUGGAAACGGAGUAGGCGGAAUACGGAUGAAUACUUUGAUCAUCACACCGAUCACUAAAGUCCACGCUUCUACCCCUGAAGACAAGCCGUUCGAGCGAGAGUUCAAGUUGUUGACUAAGAUGGUCCGUAUCAUGUGCUCCACGCUCACGAGUUUCCGACACUUGAUUCUUGACCAGAUCCCAUAUCUCACAAUCGAUCUGGUAAUGUUGAUGAUCAAGUCAAUGCCAAAUCUUGAGAGCAUUGCCAUCACGCGCUGCAAACAGCUUGAUUUCAGCCAACUCGGUCCUCUUCUUCGUGUCAUGUGGUCAAUGAAGAAGCUUGCAGAUACCGGCCACCACAAGCAAGUUCGCUUGGAUUUCUACCCGUAUUUUUUCGAAGGUCCAACUUUCGCGCCCAACACACUUGGUUCUUUCGGGUUGACCUACCAUAAGCCAACCUUUGACGUACCCAAGGCCAUCUUCGCUCGGAUUAUGGCGUACUGGGACACGGCCGGCAAGCUCGGCGUCGACCUUCUCAGUGACAGCUCGGGGAUUUGGCAUUUCAUUCGCCGUCUACCCGGUCCAGAUCCAUUUUGGGCGUACAAAGCCCGUGAAGCGGUCUUGACAUGGGAACGUGAUCGAUGUAUUCCCCUUUAUGGUCACGACGCGCAUCUUCGGAGAUCUGAAGUCACCAGGCGGCUGUGGAACGAUUUGGCCGCAGCAGUUAGUGGCGAUACCACCGAAAGGAUUUCUCAUCAGUUGAAGGAGAGGAAGUGCAGUGGAUGCACCACACCUCUUCCGGAUUACCUCUUCGCCGAUACCAAGUACCUGGUCUGCUGGGGAUGCAGAAUGGGUGCUUUUGUGGUGAACCAUGAAGACAGCCAUUUCCGGGACCGUACAAACCGCGUCGUGGAGAUCUGGCUGGGCAACCGGAAGCAAUGGGCUAAGCAAAGACUUUAUCGACUACCCCGCGACGAGGUUGAGGAGGGAGAUGCGUUAAAUAUGGCGAGAUUGACCGACAAAGCUUGGCGGUACGAGCUUUUCGAGUUCAAACCGAGCAUGUCCCGGUACCCACAGGCGAUACACUACACAACGCAUUUGUCUUCAACCAAGCGGACAAGAGAUCUUUUGUGGCCAUUGACGGGGCCGACGAAUAAUCGUGAGGGUGGUCCCCAGUACCAUAACCCAUAUCUCCAGUCUGCGGUACUUGGUUUGUCGGAUGAGAAGGCCAACCAUAAGGUUCGAGACCUGGACAAAACAAAUCGCCGUGAUUUCUUUGGCAUCUAUUCUCAUGAUGUUCGGCGCUUGCCUGAUUGGGAGCCGUAUAAUCGCAACUGGGAGGCAAGAGAAAGGGCCAAGGCGGUUUGGCAGGAAAAGGCGGCGGCUUAUUAUUCGAAAACAUGGUAG